UGACCCUAAGGAUCCCGCGCACGCGCUUCCUCUUCUGCUCCUGUGUCUCGCGCGUCUUCAAGCCCUCCACGAGCCGGUCCUCCACGAUGGCGGCCCCGCGAUCGAAGAAGCCCUCCACCAUGGAGAAGAAGUUCGGAUCAUCGCUGCUGUCCGCGGCCUGGCUGUAGGCCCGCGUGCCGCAGAGAGAGGCCCGCGGGCCGGAGAGACAGGCCCGGGGGAGCAGAGAGCCGAAGCACCGUCUCUCUGCGGUCGGUAUGUCUGACCGUCAGAAGAUCCACGUGUUCCUGGGGGCUCCUCCCCCGACCCGUGGCCCAGCAUCAGGGCCUCCAGCUGGGGGAGGGGAGGAGCGGAGACCCCCUGCUGACUGGAGGCCCCCUGCUGACUGGAGACACCUGGAGCUCUGCUGGCAGGACGGACACCUGAAUGCAGCACCAGACGUGAUAGGAAGUCGUCUGCCUGAAGAAGCGAUCGUCCCGGAGAGCGAAGAACCUUUUACUUUACGGAGCGAUGAGAUGGAUCAGGAUCACAGGAAGCCUGAAUCUGAUUGGACGACAGAGGAAGACCCCCAACAGGAAGUCCAGUGUUCGGCUUCGGUUCUGGAGUAUCUGGACAGCUGUUUCUCUGCACACCGCUCCCCCCCGACUCCUCUCUCCACACACACUCACUUCCUGUCCACCUGGACGCUCAGUCAGGCCUUAAUCCUGAAGGGCAGGCACGCCGUCCAAUCAGCAUCCAGCCCUGAGAGAACUCUGCCUCCUCAAGCCCCGUCUGAAAAUGUGUCACUUCAAGCUCCGCCUCUUCAGACUCUAUCCCGUGAAACACGCCAUUCCCAAGCCCCGCCUCCUCAACGUCUUCCUCCUCAAACCCCGCCCCUUCAAACCCCGCUUCCACAAACCCCGCCUCCUCAACUUCUGCCCCCUCAAAUACCCCAUUCACAAACUCCGCCUCCUCUCUCUCAAGCCCCGCCUCUUCAAACCCCGCCUCCUCAAGCCACGCCUCCAUCGAUGUCCUCCAGCACCCCGGAGCUCUUCAGUCCUUUGAGUUUGUCUCCUUUAGCGUCUUCCCUGGAGCUCUUUAGCGCCCCCUGCUGGACGGAGGGUGGUGUAGUGGUGGAGGAGUGUGGUGUAGUGGUUGAGGUAACCCCCGACGGCGUGCUGAUGUCCCAGAAUGCCGAGCGACUAGACUCCCCCUCCAAAUCCCCGGACAAAAAGAGAGCUUGGAUCUCAGAAACCUCCAAAUCCAGAGGCGGUCCCACCCUCCUCAACCAGUGUGCCCUUCAGGGGGGUCGCUACUCGGUACUGGUGGCCGUGGUGCACCCCUCCCACCUGAAGGAGAUCAAGGUGAGGUCAGGGUCCUGCGUUCCUCUGGCCUCCAUUGUGGUGACGGACCAAUCAGGAGUGGAGAUGAAGGUGGUGCUGUGGAGGCGGGCGGCUUUCUGGGCGCUGACCGUCACCCCGGGGGAAAUCCUGCUCAUCACAGCUCUGCAGGUGAACGAGGACAAGUGGAGAGGAGAGACGGUGCUGCAGUCCACCUUCAGCAGCAAACUGCUCAACAUGGGAAACAUCGCAGACUCCGCCUCCCCGACAGUUCCUCAGCAGGUGAGUUCUCGCUCGCUCCUCUCUCUCUGCAGCUACCUGCGGGAGCGACGCCCCCUUCUGGUGUCUCAGAGGCUCUGCCCCCCUCAGGACCCGAGGCUCCGCCCCCCUCAGGACCCGAGGCUCCUCCCCUACGCCACCCUGAGGUCACUGAGGGUCAACACGCUGGUGCACGCUCUGCUGCGCGUCACACACACACACCUGAGCACAGCGUGGCGCAGCGAGGCUCAGUCCUGCCUCCGGUCAGCUCUGCAGCAGCAGGGGGUGCUGAGGGUGCAGCAGCAUGAUGCCCAGCAGGGGGCGCUGCUGCUGCUUUGGGGAACAAGUGUGGACUGGCUGCCGCGCUUCAGAGACAAAGCGGCGGUCUGGGACUUCCAGGCCCUUCUGGUGAGGGACAGUUUGACCUCUGACCUCCUGGAGCUGCACUCGACCCCCUGGAGCUCCGUCCGGCCUCUCAACCAAUCAGAUCCCCGUCUGAAGGACUUCCUGCAGAAACCAGAGCUCCCAGCAGGGGGUCUGGAGCUGGACCUGGACACCCUGCUGUCCCAGAAGUACAGCGGUGAGGUGGAGCUCAGAGUGCAGAUCAUCAGCUUCCACUUCCUGGUCUCCUCACCCUCCCAGAAUGCACCUGGGCGCGUGGACAGCUGCUCGUCGCUGCAGGACGUGGUCGCGGCGCUGAGUGAUGACGUCACGUUCACCGGAUGCUAUCGCUGCGCCGCAGAGCUUCAGAGCGAUGCUAACGGCAUCUACAGACCCUGCUACUCCUGCCUGCCAAUCACAGCUGUCCGACGCUACUACAGGUACCUGAACACACCACACAGCUGUCCGACGCUACUACAGGCCAGGUGUUCUCACAGUGAGGGGGCGGGGCUCCUCUCAGGUGUGUGUUCAGGUUCCUCCUGUUCCUCUGCAGAAGAUCCUGGAGGCUCCGCCUGACAAACUGCACAGGAACUCAGCUCCGGGGUCGGAGGUGAAGUUUGUUGCUCUGGCGGCUCAGAAGCUCCAGAGCCUCGUCAUCCUCCCGAGGAAAACCUUCGUCCUCAGCGUGCGCAGCCACUUCCUGUGCGACGAGAACAGCGUCCCCCUCCACCAGGACCUCACUCUGCUGGACCUGCAGUUCCCAGGCUCACCAUGAGAGGCAGCGUCACCACGUCCUGUUCCUGUGGUGGUCCCUGAAGGCAGCAUCUCUCUUGUCCAAUGGGAUUUCUCCGGGUGGUUUUGGAUUAUGGCAGAAAACCUUUUCACCUUGUUGGACAUUUUGAUAUUUUUGAACUUUUGAUGUCAUAACUUUGUUGAAUCUAAAUAAAGUGUCCUUAGUGUCUGAUUGUA